GGCUGGCCAGAGCCCAACACUUCUUCUGGCUUCUGCACCACAGCUCCUCACCCUCCACCCCAGGCUUCCGGACUGGAGAGGCCCUGAGGAUAAAAACCGGGCUGGAGAGUCUCAGAACCACUGGCCUGUAGAACCCCAGUCCGGAUUGCCCUGUUACUCUGCUCUCCAGUUGGCACCUCCGCAGACAUGAGCCUCCAAGCUGGCUCCCGCGCCUCCCGCCCCUGGCCCAGCCCUGUGCUGCUGCUCUUGGGGCUGCUGCUCCUGCAGGCUGUGGUCGCCCAAGUCAUCGCAGAACCUCAAGAAGGAGGUGGGGACCUGCAAUGCCUGUGUGUGAAGACCAGCACCGGAGUCCAUCCCAAGCACAUUGCCAGCAUGGAGUUGAUCCGGGCUGGACUCCACUGCCCCAACACCCAAAUGAUAGUCACACUGAAGAAUGGAAAGAAAAUUUGCCUGGACCCAAAUACCUCCGUGUAUAAGAAAAUCAUCAAGAAUUUUAUGAAAAGUAAACCACCAACUGACUAACUGUGCAUUUACUGUAUGAUAUGUUUUGCUUUGCUUUUUCAUUUUCAAUCUAACCAUGGGAAGUCUAUGUCUUAUCAUCCUUCAAAUUCUAAACAAAUAAAAUCAAUCAAGUUGUGAUAUUUCUUAAUAGAGCAAAGCAUCAUAAUUGUGUAUAAGAAAAAGAAACACUCCAGAAUUUUAAGAAAAAGUAUAUUUUGAAGGAAGGUUUGUUUUAAUAAACACUGGUUUUGUUUGGUGCUA